AUGUGUUUCCGCUGCGGGCCGCCCGGCGAUUGUUUAUGUUUUUAUUUCUCAUUCACGGAAAAGAAUCUGAAACUGAAACUGAUCGAUGUUCGAUGGAUUACGCAGUUAGUCUGGACCGCGUGACGUCAGCGCGCCUCAGUGACGUCAGCAGCUGCUGUGGAAAAUGUCCAGAUUCCAGCAGCUGAGAGACUCGACCAGACAAAGAGCACUAGUCUCUUUACCUUCGGACGUCCGACGAGUGAUCAUCGGUGAAGACCAGGAGGAGGAGCCAGAUCCCCCCCACGUUAAAGAGGAGCAGGAGGAGCUGUGGACCAAUCAGGAGGAGGCUGAUGUCACCAAGUUCACUGUGAAGAGUGAAGAAGAUGAACCGAAACCUCAGACUGAGGAGACCACAGAGGACUGUGGAGGACCAGGUCCUGAGGACCAGACCGACAACUCCUCUGAGUCCGACGUCAGUGACGACGACUGGUCGACCACAGAUCCUCCAUCUUUGAAACGAAGCGAAGCCUCUGAUCUGAGCAGCGACGCCGUGCGGAGGUCGUUCAGCUGCUCCGAGUGUGGCCAGAGGUUCGGACGCAGACCGCACCUGAACGCCCACAUGAGGAUCCACACAGGGGAGAAACCGUUUGGCUGCUCCGUCUGCGGCAAGAGGUUCUCUCAGAAGGGAAACUCCGUCAGUCACAUGAGACUCCACACGGGGGAGAAACCGUUCAGCUGCUCCAUCUGUCAGAAGAGUUUCCGGUACAGUGGCGACGUGAGUCGACACAUGAAGAUCCACACAGCAAAGAAGAGAGUCGGCUGCAGUGAGACCGGAUCAGAACCGACCUGCAGCCUCGAUCCACACGGACUCAAACCACCGGGUUCUGAGGAAGCCGACACGGAACUGGCUGAGGGCGGCCGGAAGGAAACCAUGGAACCGGAGUCAGACUUGAACACCCGGAGAGAUGCCGUCGACAUCUCCGACGGCGACAGGGAGUCGUUCAGCUGCUCCGUCUGCGGCCGGACGUUCUGUCGCAAGGAUCAUCUGACAAGCCACGCGAGGACGCACACGGGGGAGAAACCAUUCGGCUGUUCGCUGUGUCCAAAACGCUUCAGCUGCAGCGGGAACAUCCAGGCGCACAUGAGGACGCACACAGGGGAGAAACCAUUCGACUGCUCCAUCUGCGGCAAACGCUUCACGCAGAAGGGAACUUUGCAGCUGCACCUGAGGAUCCACACAGGGGAGAAACCCUUCGGCUGCCCCUUCUGCAACAAAAAGUUUGCACAUAAGAGACGUAUGACGCUGCACAUGUCGGUCCACACGGAGGAGAAACGCUUCGGAUGCGGCGUCUGCGACCGCAGGUUCACGUGGUACACGCAGCUCCGGACGCACAAGUGUGUCAGAGAGUCGUCGGCGAGUCGCCAGAGACGCAACAAAAAGAGAGAGUCGGCUGCGACGACGGAGACUUUCGGCUGCAGCGAGUGUGGGAAAAAGUUCAGCCUGAAGGGAAACCUGAAGACGCACCUGAGGAUCCACACGGGGGAGAAACCGUUCGGCUGCUCCGUCUGCGGCAAGCGCUUCAAACAGAACGUUCACCUGACGGAGCACACGACCGUCCACACGGGAGAGAAACUCUACAAGUGCAGCGUCUGCGGCAGAGGAUUCAACAAGAAGUCGCUCGUCGUGAAACACGCGUGUGUUUGAUCCGUGUGCAGGAUGAACUACUUCGUGAGUGUUGAAGAAGAAGAAGAAGAUCGAUGUUGAGUCUUUUUUAAUCUUUACAGUUUAACGUUUUCCUGCAUGAGAACAAAGUGUCACGUGUCGGGUCACGUGUUUCUACCGUCAGCUGAUCGUCAGAUUAUCUUUAUCUCUGAAUAAACCUGUGACUGUUUGUUUCUGUGUGAGCCUCGUGUGGCCAACAGGAGAAUCAAAGGCAGCUGAAACAUGAACAAUAAUAUUUGACUGUUUUUUAUGUAUUUAACAGGUGGAAAAGGGUGAAAAUACACAAAUUAAAUACACGUGUCAUGUGACCCUCACACACACACACACACACACACACACACACACAGAUGUAUUAAUCAUGUAUGUUAAGUGUCUGUGUUCACAUGUUAUUUGUAUGAUCUGUCCCAUUUCAAACAUGGCCGACGCGCGUUCUUCCACCUCCGACAGGUGGAUCCUCCUCCUCAGGGACUACAACUCUCUGGAGUCAGUGCACUGAGCUAAUGAGCUAACUGUUAGCUCAAAGCCGCUGACGACACACAGGUGAGAGAGAGAUGAACUGAACGGAAACCAGACACACACGUUUAUAGUUUAGAGACCUCUUAAAUAUGAGGGAGGGUUGGAACGGUGCGGACGUGACUGUUUGGUGCAGACAGUCAUACGGAGAAUAGACGAUAUUAAAAUGUAUAAAACUGAGGUACAAAGAUUGUUGACGGAAAUGUGGAAACCAAAAUUUCACGUGAGCGGAGGCGGAGCCUGCUGACGAUGUGUCUGUUCACAUUUAACUGUAAUAUGGAUCAGUAUUAAAAUCUUGAGUUCUGAAUUUGCAGACAGACGCCAGGGGGCGGGGCUUGUGACCUGCAUCCCUUCUGAUUCAGAGCAGCUUCAUUUAUCAGCAGUUUGAUUUUGGGUUAGGGUAAGAAACAACCUAACCAGAAACAACCUGUCCUUAUAUUUAUUAAUUCACAUGUUGAUGAUGUCACGUCAUGAUGUCAUCGUGUCCGUGUUCCGUCGGUCCCCAUCACACUUGUGUCUCUCCAGCUGUUUCCUCCAGCUGACACGUUUCUCCCCCAUGUGGACGACCAGGUGCUGACCCACAUUCCAUCGGUCCUGGAACCUGCGGCCGCACACGGGGCAGCCGAACGGUUUCUCCCCCACGUGGCACCGCACGUGGCUCAGCAUCGAGUCUUUGUAGCCGAACGACUUCACGCACUAUCUCUAGUGUCCCAGGAUAUGUCUUCCCCACAUAGAACACUUCCUACUGACUGAGCAGCCCAUAGUUUUCUUAUCACGAGUGGAUCAAUCAUCACCGACAGGAGCGUCGGUCUGGUCCUCAGGACCUGGUCCUCCAGCAGGACCUGGUCCUACCCUGGGACCUGGUCCUCCAGCAGGACCUGGUCCUACCUCGGGACCUGGUCCUACCUCGGGACCUGGUCCUCCAGCAGGACCUGGUCCUACCUACCCUGGGACCUGGUCCUACCUACCUCGGGACCUGGUCCUCCACCGCCCCCUCUGGUCCCCCCACCGACACACCGGUGGUUCCGGAGCUGGUAGCUCCAGGUGAAUCUGGUCCUUGUUGUAGAUUGAGGUAUUCAGUAAAACAAUGACUCUAAAUGAUGCAUAGAACUGUUUUUAUUUUAUUUUAUAUCUUCUUUUGUUCCCAAGCAACUUUUCAGUUUCAAUGAGACAUAUUUGCAAUAUAAUUAUAAAUAAAUAGAAAUCCACAUUCAGGAAGUGAGAUGAGAAUGUGAAUGUUUGUCCAUUUCUUAAAUCUUCAGCCCGUUAAGAUAAAUGAUGACGCAAGUGAACCACAUUUAAAAGAUAUGAUUCAAAUAUAAACUCUAUAGUGUUUAUUUGUUUAAGUUUCAUGUCUCACAGCUACGACUAAUUUCGAUGUUGAUAUCUACAUAUUCAAAUGUCAUUUACAUCAUUAAAUCUUUUUUCCCGAAGA